AUGGAUGACUUCGACUGGCAAGCUGCAGAUGAUGGUCCAUCUCUGGAGGAAAUCGAAAGGUGUGCCUCCGUUCUGCGGCGAAUCUCACCUUCCGAUUUGGCACGCCCAGAACUUGAUAGCGUCCGGCAGGCUGGACUGCCAUUGUUCCGGAGGCUCGUCCUUAAGGAGAAGUUUGGAUCGGAGGACGUAGUGGACUUCCUAAAGCAGAAGUCUGAUGUGUACCAGAUGACAGUGAAGCUCGAGCGCUUGCACAGAGUGGUCAAAGACGAGCAUGACAAACGACGGCAAAAGGCAGAGACAUGUGGGAUGAACCUGCGAAGGAAAGCAGAUCUGGCAGCGAUAAAGGCCGAAAGUGCCUUGCCGGACUCCCUUGCCAUUGCCGAUGGCUGUACGGCCGAAGAACAAGCUGCUGGGCCACCCAAGCUCGACGGAGAAGCCGGUCUCGACCAAAAUAGGACGGCCGAAGCCGGAAUUGUUCAGGAAGAGGUGCACAGACUGCUGAAUGUGCCAGCAGAUAGCCUUUAUUCCAACUGCAACAUGUGCAGAGGUCAGUAUUUGGAGCACCAUCACUUUUAUCAUCAGCUAUGUCCUCGGUGUGCCGAACAUAACUGGCAAAAGCGCCAGCAAGUUGCGGACAUGCGCGGUAUGGUUUGUGUGGUGACAGGUGGACGUGUCCGCAUCGGCUUUCAAAUAGUCUUGAAGCUCCUACGUGCGGGUGCGUUUGUGCUUACUACCUCUCGAUUUCCGUGCGAUUGCGCUUUGCGAUACUCGAAGGAGCCAGACUAUCACGAAUGGCGCGAGCGUUUGGAGGUCUGUGGGCCCCUGGAACUCUGCGAUCUGCGGCUCGUGGAGCGAUUCUGCCAGCAGCUCCUGCGCCGCUUCCCACGCAUCCAUGCGCGG